AUGGCUCGCCGUCCUGCUCGUUGCUACCGAUACUGCAAGAACAAGCCGUAUCCCAAGUCUCGGUUCAACCGUGGUGUCCCCGACCCCAAGAUCCGCAUCUUCGAUCUUGGCCGAAAGCGCGCCAACGUCGACGAUUUCCCUCUCUGCAUCCACCUCGUCUCCAACGAGUAUGAGCAGCUGAGCUCCGAGGCCCUCGAGGCCGCCCGUAUUUGCGCCAACAAGUACCUCGUCAAGCACACCGGAAAGGAAGGUUUCCACCUGCGCGUCCGCGCCCACCCCUUCCACGUCGUCCGUAUCAACAAGAUGUUGUCUUGCGCCGGUGCCGAUAGACUGCAGACUGGUAUGCGUGGUGCCUGGGGCAAGCCCAACGGCACUGUCGCCCGUGUCAACAUUGGUCAGAUCAUCAUGAGCGUCCGCACUCGUGACUCCAACCGUGCUCUGGCUCUUGAGGCUCUUCGACGAUCCCAGUACAAGUUCCCCGGCCGACAGAAGAUCAUCAUCUCCAAGAACUGGGGCUUCACUCCUCUCCGCCGCGAGGACUACCUCGAGCGCAAGGCUGCCGGCCGUGUCAAGGUCGAUGGUGCUUACGUUCAGUUCCUCAGCAACCACGGUUCCAUUGAGCAGAACAUUCGUCGUUUCCCCGACGCUUUCUCGUCCGAGGCGUAA